AUCGACCGUUUUGAUUCUGGAACUUAUUAUGCUGAGGGUGACACUUCUUCUGAUUCCGAUACCAAUCUUGAUACUAAUACUGAACCCGAACCUAAAUCUCAGCCUAAGAAUUAUAAUCCUUUCGAUGCCCAAAUCACAGAAAUAGAUUCGAUGUUAGCAGAAAUGUGA